AUGGUAAAUGUUUGUUUGCAAUGUGGCGAUGUAGGAUUUUCUGUGGCUUUGAUUAAUUGUCACGGGUGUGACCUACAUUUGAUCCACCGAUAUUGCUUACACCCAUUUCCGGGUUUCGAUGACAUUGUGCUGUGGUUUUGCGAGGAUUGUCAGCCAAAGUUCAUAAGGCUAUCGAAAUCUGAUAAAUAUCCCAUCGUUGUCAAAGGAAGUGACUAUGCGAUAUUAGAACAGAUGCCUGUGAAGAAAAGAAAGCGCAGAGUGAAAAGACGGCUCUGGUCAAAAGGUUCGAAACGGAAAUCUCAGAAAAAAGAAAAAGCAGCUUCCCCCUCAACUAAAGUCGAAGUGCAAACGGUGGAUGUGGAGCCUCUGAUACUGAAAGAUGAAAGUAGGACUUCUGUUGAAAAUUUACAAAUUGAUCCGGCUUCCAAUGGUGUCGGAGAACUAAGAAAACAGAGGAAGCGAGUGAAAAAAGCAAAGCAAAAACAACAGAAGAAGCUACUGAAAGAAGAUGCUAUGGUUGAAGUAGCUUCCCCCUCAACCAAAGUUGAAGUGAAAACGGUCGAUUCGAAGCCUCUGAUACAGAAAGAUGAAAGUAGGACUCCUGUUGAAAAUUUACCAAUUGAUUCGGCUUUUCAUGGUGUCGGAGAAACAAGUAAACGGAAGAAGAAGCGAGUGAAGAAAGCAAAGCAAAAACAACAGAAGGUAUUGACAGAAGAUGCAAUGGUUGAAGCAGCUUCCCCCUCAAGCAAAGUUGAAGUGCAAAUGGUCGAUGUGGAGCCUCUUAUACAGAAAGAUGAAAGUAGGACUCCUGUUGAAAAUUUACCAAUUGAUUCGGCUUUUCAUGGUGUCAGAGAACAAAGUGAACGGGAGAAGAAGCGAGUGCAAAAAGCAAAGCAAAAACAACACAAGAAGAUAUUGAAAGAAGAUGCAAUGGUUGAAGCAGCUUCUCCCUCAACCAAAGUUGAAAUGCAAACGGUAGAUGUUGAGCCUCUGAUACAGAAAGAUGAAAGUAGGACUCCUGUUGAAAAUUUACCUAUUGAUUCGGCUUUUCAUGGUGUCGGAGAACCAAGUAAACGGAAGAAGAAGCGAGCAAUUAAAGCAAAGGAAAAACAACAGAAGAAGAUAUUGAAAGAAGAUGCAAUGGUUGAGGCUCCCCUUUGUGAUAUUGCACCUCUUGAGGUUAAUUGCUCCAGGGUGAGAGAGCAGGAUGAAGAGAAAUUGGAAGUCGAACAGGCUGAACCUCUUCCAAGCAGAGAUCCGAAGGCGAUUCUCUGUGAAAAGCCCCUUCAAAUACUUGUCGGUGAGGGUAUAGAGACAGAGAAUGUACUCAAAGAAGACAAUCAAAAUAAAGAUGAUGACCGUAAUAACAGUCCAAAUAUUCAACUGGCUGUUACUGAUGCUUCAGCUGAACAGUUGCAUGAUGUUUGUGCUUUGCCAAUAAAAGAUCCAAGUUGGAGGGGAAGUUUGAGCAUCUUCGAGCGGGUUUUCGGGACUUCAACUCGACUCGUUGCUCAUCUCUCUAAUUUAGCAUGCCCUAGAGUAACAGAGGCUACAAAAGCAUUACCGGAACUGCUUUCCACAGAUCUGUUUCCAAGGCUAGAUAUAUGGCCAAAGGGUUUCCAAAAGUGUAGGCCCAGUGGAAACAGCAUUGCCCUCUACUUUUUCCACAACAGGGAAUGUGAUGAGAAGAUAUUUGAUAAGCUAGUGAAACGCAUGAUGGAUCAAGACCUUGGGAUAAAAUCGGUGCUUGAAGAUGCAGAGCUGUUAAUUUUCACUUCGAAAGUGUUGCCAGUGGAGUACUGGAUGUUCCAGAAGAAAGUCUAUUUGUGGGGAGUUUUCAGAGGGAAGCAACCAUCGUCGAGUGCAGCUAGUGGUGUUACUGAUGAGAAAAGCCAUGCCCAGAACAGCCGCAGCCCGGACAAGAACCAGAAAACACGAAGGCAAGGAUAA